ACAAGACAAUUCGAAUUGAGGAGCUGCUGAGAAAGCACCCACAUUCACACUACAUUCACAUACAUAAACAUUAGUAGCUGGUAGAUCUCAAAGCUAUCGGCCGGUGAUGGUGGGCAGCAUAUGCAGAAAAUCCAGGUUAUAUCCAUCUAGCUGUACAAUUGCUCAGCUAAUGCGCUGUAACAACCCCAUGUUACGAGAAUAAUUCCGCAAUCCAUUUCUCUAUAUACCUAGGCCACCAGGCUAGAGCAACUUCGAUCUCAUCUACCAUGACUCGACCGAUUUAUCCAUCGCGGCUGGAAUUGGAUUUGGGAUUAUCACAAGGGCCAUGGCAAUAAUCCAUCAUUGGAAGCGAAAGCUUCAGCGCGGAUGUCAAGAAUGGCUGGCUACGAUCAUAUCCAAUCUUCAGAAAAAUGGUCUCUGGAAGAAAAUAAUCAAGAAUACCGUCUGCACCACAAUUAACUUGAUUAUCGGCCUCAUCCCAGCAGUAGUCGCUGUAUAUGGAAAAUCCACGUAUCUCGGAGCUAUGGCUUCAGUCUUUGGCCAUCCCGGACGGAGGUUUGGUCAAAUGGCUGAAUCCUUAAUGCUCAUCACCCUUGGAACCUUCGUCGGGAUUGCUUGGGGUAUUCUGGGAUUGUAUUUAUCCAGUCUUGUCCGUCAAACCAACAUCCAAGCAUCGUGGGGUAUACGAGCCGUCUUCUUCACUUUAGCGCUACUCCUCCAUGGCCUUCUUCGAUCCUCUGCACCUAGGCUGUUCCUAUUCGUAUUCUUUUUCUUGCUUAUUAACAUCACUAUCUUAACAAGUGCUACCGCUUUCGUAUCAUCUACUCUUGUCACAAAUACAGCAUACCCGAUCCUCACGGCAAUUGGUAUCAUAAUACUUGUGAACAUCACCGUCUUCCCCGAGUUCUCAAGUGGUUUCCUUGGAAGAUCCACCAUAGAAACAUUAUGUGCUACUACCAAUUGCUUUCAAGAGUCCGGGGAUUGGUUCAUGUCCGAUUCUAAACCACCAGAAGGAGGGGAUCCGGAGAAGAACAAAGAGGCCGCGACGGUGUUAAGAACUAAGUUGAUAACAUUGACUGAGAAGAAAACGAAAUUGAGAGCCCAACUGGAUAGUUGUAAGAAUGCCCAGUCGGAAUGCAAUUUCGAGCUUGUGUUCGCAGUUCUUCCUCCGCGGUCAUUGAAACCAGUCAGUAUAUCUCUGAUGUCUCGCCUGGUUCAAAUCGUUAUCUGUCUGAUCAAUGCUUGCGAGAGUAAAUACGCGUUGGCUGGGCACAUAUAUGGAGAGGAAGACCAAGAAACACCGGAGGGAACCGCCCCCGAUAACGAUGAUUCUGACUCUGACUCUGAGUCGGAUUCCGACUCUAGCAGCGAGUCUGAGAGCGACAAGAACGAAAAAUCUGAAAGCAAAGCGAAAAAAUCUCGUCGAAAAUCUAAAUAUGCAAAGAAUCUAGAGCUUGUUAAGCCUAUCCGAGAAAUCGAAUCUGGGGAUAUUGAACUACUUGAACAUAUUCUUUGCCAAAUACGAGAUCCAAUUAAAACCCUUCAAGGCCAUAUACAAGCAGCUGUCCACGUCAUUAUUUCUGCUUUAGCUUAUUGCUAUGAUGUGCCAUCUCUUCCUUCGGGUUCACCAACGCCAAAGGGCAUCACCUUAGAAGAAAUUGAUCUUCGAGUUAACAUGUUCGCAGAAGCAUUGUCGCAAUUUGAUCAGGAUUCCGCAGCUGCUCUCGAACAUGCCGCUUCCAUAGAAUACGGUUCAGAAUCACGGGGGGACAUAAUGCCUAGGAUGGAAACUCACCUGAUUUCAUCCUUCUUAAUUAGCGUGCGACAGGCAGCUGCUCAGAUUAUGGAUAUGUUAAAACAUUCGAGAGCACUCGUUGAACGAAGGCAAGCGCGAAACAAUCAUCGUCGACUCUAUUGGCCAAAAAUUGGCUGGAAGAAGUGGCUAGCCAGCGGUGGUGAGAAUGAUAUCAACGCUCUCCCAGAGAAAGCAAGAAAGGAAGCUAGAGCCGGUUAUGGCCUAAGGGAAGAUCCAGGAGGGAAAGAAGAUGAUACAGAUGACAGCAAUGAACAACUCUUGGGACGUACUAAAGAUGAAGAAACCGGCCACGGUAUAACAAGACAACCCACGUUCGCCGAGAAAGGCAGCAUUCCAAAACGGAAAGGCCCCCAGAAAUCCGAAACCAGCUAUAUUCCGUGGCUACGGGGAUUGGCUGCUGAUGCGGUCGAGUUUUUCGCUGAUUCGGACGAUCUCGCAUUCGCCCUGAAAAUGUGUGUUGCUGCUUAUCUGAUUACAUGGCCGGCAUUUGUUCUGGAAUAUAAUGCAUGGUACAAUUCGGUUCGUGGAUCUUGGGCAUCCCUACAAUUAGUUCUUGUCUUCGAAGUCUCGGUUGGGACUUCGUUUAUGGGAUUCUUCCUUAGGGUAAUUGGUGUGAUAUUCGGCUGCACCGUUGGCUUUAUCGCCUUCGAGAUAGGACAAGGUAAUCGCGUUGUCGCUAUAAUCAUUCUUGUGAUUGGCAUCAUACCCUCUUCGUACAUCCACCUCGGUACACCGUACGUUAAAACAGGUAUUAUCUCCUUGGUCAGUAUGUCUGUGGUUGGAUUAGCAACAAUCCUGAAACCAGUUGCUGGAGAACUGGAGUGGCAGGUUUAUGUCAAACGAAUGGUAUGUUUCCUCAUUGGUGGAACAGUAGCACUCUUAGUUGAGAUGUGUCUAUUCCCCGUUCGGGCUCGGGAUAGACUUGUCGAAUCUCUAGCUUCGAGUAUCCACCAGAUAUCGCGAAUGGAAGGGUCAGUGGCCGUGGGUAUCGACUCGCCGCGAAACAUCGAUAUUAGAUCCUACGCGUUCAACGAGAACUUCAAGGAUGCCAAGGAAAAGGCAGAACAAGCCCUUUCUGCAGCGCGAACAUUUCUACCAUUUUGCCUGACGGAACCGAGGAUUAAAGGCAGCUUCAAUGGACAAGCAUUGAUAUAUGGCGAAAUGAUUUACGUGUUGUUUCAAAUCAUUGAUCGCAUGGAUAAUAUGCUGCAUCUUCGCAGAGCUUAUGGAAGCAGCGUUCUCGAAGAACUUAAUGCCGAUGUUCUACCUUACCGUCGCAAUGUAGCGGCUAGCAUGAUGCUCACCCUCUUCGCCGUCAGCGAGGCUUUAACAACACGAUUACCUCUUCCUCAGUUCCUACCAUCUAGUAGGGUAGCGCAAUUGCGAUAUAUUAGCCGAGUUCGUGAAAUCCUACUUGAUCGCGCGGCCAAAUCCGUGUAUGAAACAGGGACUCAAACCCCCACUACUACGAACGGGGAUUCUGUGUCGCUCCACCCACAUGUUUUGAAGUCCAUGACUCGCCAAAGCUUCCUUUCUUGGAAUGCUAGUUCUGCGGGAAUGAUGGAAAUCAUCGAGUAUCUAGAAGAGCUCGUCGAUCUUGCAAAGUUAUUGGUCGGCGUCAACGCGUUCCGUAGCGGAAUGUUAGAGCGCCCUAAGUUUCACGAAUACGUCCGCAAGAUUAAGGAGCGCGAAUCAGAUCGAAGCACUGCAGCAGCGGCCGCUGCAGAAGCCGAACAGCAAGAGGUACAAAAUAUUAAAAGUAAAUCGGGAGGCAGCUUUAUUCGUAGGCGGCGAGGAUUUACACUCGGCAAAACGCCAUCUAAAGGCACUACGGGGACGGCUGCUGCUGUGGGUCUUGGGGACGUACCUAGGUUGAGACGCCGAUCGACGGGCCUAUGGGAUGGUGGGGAUACCGCGGUGGAUAAUGGCGACGAUGUGGUGGCUGAGGAUCUACCAAUGAGCCUACGUCGGGUAAUGACCAAACGAAUGGAGGGUAGGCGGUGCGAUAAGACGACUAGAGAGAGAAGGAACACGGACGAUCCUAAAGGCAAGAGGCCUUUAAUUAAGCCAUCGCAGACUUGGGCUUUGUAGCUUGGGUAAGCAACUUGCAUAUGUGGCUGCGAUGACGGUUUGGAAAAGACCGGUCGCGGGAGAUAAACCCUCCUUAUUUUA